GCGUUACUUCCUUGUUUAAUCAAUUCGCGACGCUGGUCGAGAUCAUCAUGCGAAUCAGCCUCAAAGGUUUACACAUUGGGCCCCUAUCCUUGCUGGGUAUUUUUUCUCCCAUCGUCGCUCACCUCCCACAUUGAGCGACGACUGCUCGUGCACCCAGACGUUGUUGAUAAAACCCAUGCGGGAGAUGAAGAAAUAUUAGCGCCAGACCACUCGAGGAGAUCGAGUCUCUUUGCAUGCAGUGUGGGGAGCAGGGAGUAACCCGAGUGAUGCUCACAUCCAUCCCGUUCUUCCGGGAAGUGAUUGUGAUGAGUUUCUGCUGCGAACACUGCGGCCACUCGAACAAUGGGAUUCAGUCGGCAGGGAAGAUCAGACAUGCGCAUUCGUUCAUUUCGUUACCUGUCCCUCCUAAUAUUGUGUUUCUGAGACAGGCGAAGGCACUAUGCAUACAGUAAAAGUCCUUGUCGCGGUUAAGUACAUCCUUUCCUUCCUCUGAGCUACUUUAACUGAGAGUGUUGCAGAGCACGGAGAUAGACUUUGUUUUCCACUCCAGCACACUAGGCGGAUGUUUCACGACUCUAGAAGGGCAUUUUAGAUCAGGUAUACAAGGAACUCACUGAAAGAGUAUUUAACACGGGAGAUUCUGGGGUCGCAGAUGUCGACGACAGAGCUGAGUUCCAAGAGAAAGUUCAAAGCUUAAGCAGGUCAAGAACGCCGAGAUACCAUUCACUGCCUUGAUCUUUGAUGACCCCCUGGCGAACUCACGAGUCACACGUGCAGAAUCUAUAUGUACUUGAUCCAGAUCCGAACAUGGCGACUCGGAUCGUCACCUAGUACGAGCGAACGUGGCAGCAGAAUGGAGACCU